CCCACCUAUCUGUUUCUGCUUUGGGCUGGGUGUGUUUCAUUUGUUUACGCUCCGUUUUGUAUGAUAAAAGUGAACAUAUUUUCUCCAAUUGUGUUCAAAUUGCGACAUUGAAAGUCUUCUGCAGAAAUAUGCGUGAACUAAACAAACAACAGUCGCAGGACACUACGGAUGGGGGCAUCGAGAAAGGCGACUAUCCGCGUGCCACAAAUGGCGUGGUCUUCGGGGCUAUCCUUACCUUUGGCAGCUCCUUUGUGCUAAUGAUGUCCUUCUGCUCGCCGUACUGGAUCGAAUCGUAUGAGGAGACUCGCAGCAGCUUCAAGAACAUGGGCCUCUGGCAGUACUGCUUCAAGGACUUUGUCUAUCCCAAGUAUGCUUUGCCCAAGCAGUUCACAGGAUGCCACAACAUCUUCUCGCAUGAGUACUAUGUGAUUCGUGAGUAUCUACUGCCUGGUUGGCUGAUGGCCGUGCAGGGCUUUGUCACCAUGUCAUUCAUCAUUGUGUUCCUGGUGCUGAGCCUGCUCGCACUGACGAUCAUUCGACUGCCCCUUAAGCCCGUCCUCCAGUACGAGUGGCUGCUCGUUCGCCUCUCCUACAUGGGCACUGCCAUCUCGUCUCUGUUCAUGUUCCUGGCCGUGUGCAUCUUCGGGGGAUGUGCCUAUCGUCGCGACUGGCUGAUGUAUCCCAGAUUCAAUGUCCUGGGCUGGUCCUAUGCCAUGGCCGUUGUUACCUUCAUGCUGCUGGGCCUCGCAGCGCUCAUACUGCACCGUGAGGCACGACAGGCCUUCGAGGCACGCGGCGAACAAAAGAAUCUGGUCAUGCAAAUGGAAAUGCAGGAGCCGGGCUACCAGCCGCCACGCCACCACCACAGCCAGUCACGCAGUCUGCAGGGCUACAUAUAAAUGCGAGCUUUGGACUCGCUCUAACUUCAAUGCAUUCCAUUCCAUGCGAAUAUCUAUAUCUAGGUAUAGGUCUAUAGGUCUAUAGGUCUCCCACCCCCCUGUCAUAUGUAUCACCUGCAAUCUCUCGUAACUUCAGCAAUCGAAGCCGUCCAAAAAGUACCUUCUACUCUUUCUUACAAUCUAAAAUCUAACCAUUGAAACGAAUAUUAUACAUAUUUAUACACGCCGAGCAUUCGAGCAUCGAUCGAGCUCGAGCUCCGGACUACCCCCCCAUUUAUAUACAUGUAUUAAAGAGCACACAUACACUGACUCA